AUGAAGCGUGGCUUCCUGUUGACAAAAGCCCAGCAGAGGGCCGCAUCGACUCAGUCUGCCGAGGAAUCAGUUAGUCCUGAGCCGAAACGAAAGGUACAACACACAAUGACGUUCCUGAAAUGCCCCUAAAUGACACAGUGCUCUGUCUGUGUUCACUCAGGCGAAGCCUCCUCCUCGUGUGUCUGCGGCCGUCAAACGGCACUAUCCGCACCUCGAGCACGCCUGCGGCCGGCCACUUCUUCUGCUGCAAGCCUCCCUCGGCCCCUCGCUCUUCCUCACGCCCACCCCUGCCAAGGCCCGGUGUCUGGUCAUCGACUGCGCCCACAGAAACACCCGCCGUAUGUGGGAAGCGGUUUCUCUCGAGGCGGCAUACCAGUGGGGCAUGGCUGCCAGGACUCUCGAGAAGAUCGUCAUCCGCUACCCAAAGCCAGCGGUUUCGCGGCGGGAGCGCAGCAAUGCACCAAUGUGGUGUAUGGGCAUGUGGGUGGCGAUCCUAGAGGGGCAUGCACACGGGCGGCAGCGGGCCGUCGCCGUGAAGAACAAGGCAGACAAGAAGGGCAAGGGCGAGAUGGAGGCGACCGGCAGCAGCAGCAGCAGCAGCAGCAGCUCUCAAGCGGCGUCAGUGGCAGCUUGCGAUGGGUCGCUGCGGGUGCUGGAGUUCGAGGCGGUGGACAUGGGAGGGCCGCAGGAGUGGGAGAAUGAGGACGACUACAAUGUGCCAUGCUCGGCCCCCUCUUCACAGCCCCUCCCUCCCAAGACUGAUGGUGGUGUCCCUCCCCGCAUCCUUCCCGUCCACCUGCCGGCCCUCACGGAGGUCCGCAACAUGCCCGUCGAAGUCGCUGCUGUACGCAUGGACCGCUCUUGGUGCGAUCGAUCGACACACUCCCACGAGAGUGAGGGAUCAGGCGUCCCUGGUGUGUGUGUGUGUGUGUGUGUGUGCAGGCAUACGCCUGGCAUUCGAGUCUUCACCGUUGGCAGCCACCGCAUCUACCCAUCGGUCGAGCUGCUCUCGUGGGCGCGGACUAAGUCCCCGUUCCUGGAGCGCCACGUGGAGGAGCUCGCCCGCAUCGUCCCCCGCGUCACCUAUCAGGGCCGACCCGAACCACACCAGCCGGCCGCUACCGCCAUGACACGAUCGACCUUCCCCCGAGCCGACUGCUUCCACCUAGCUGCCUAUUCGCUGACGCGCUACACGAUGCGCCGGGCGGUGUCCGUGGCGACGGCAAUCGGCAAGACCUACAUCCGCGUGUCUGGGGAGGAAGGGGAAGAUGCGGCUCCCAGGGAAUUGGCUGUCGAGUUCCUCAAGGCACUACAAGCAGCCCGGCUGAACGAGGGCAGUGAGACGGCACUGGACGUCCACUAUGCAUUGUCGCUGGGCGGCGAGGACGUGGGAUCCUUAUGGGAGACGCAUGCUGUCGAACUGUCCCCGAUCAGAUGCCUGGAGCUGUGGAUUACCGGUACGUACAGAUACGUGGCUAUGGAGAGGGUCCUGUGCAUGUGUGUGGAUGUGCGCCGCUCAGAUACGUUUCCACCGGGCGCCUGA